AUGUGACCCCAACCCCACCUCCCUCCCCACCCCAUGAUGUCCGAAAAAACCCAACAAAGAAAAUUGGCUGGGACCAAGAAAAAAUUCACAGACUAUCAUCAGUGGAACAGUGCUGGUGUUGGUACUGGAGCAACCGACACCAAAAAGAAGAAAAUAAAUAAUGGCACUAACCCUGAGACAACCACUUCUGGGGGUUGCCAUUCACCUAAGGAUAAACAACAGAACCAAGCUCAGCUGAAAGAGGAAAAGAAGGCAAGCCACCAACAUUAGCAAGCCCUAAGGAGGCAGCUAGAGGCCCAGGAUCAUACCAUACGAAUCCUUAUGUGUCAGAAAACUGAACUGGAAACAGCGCUCCAUGACAGCCAGGAUACUGCCAGGAAAUUUGAAGAAGAUUCCAAGGAUCUGGCAGGCCGCCUGUGUCAUUCCUGGCACUUUGCAGGAGAGUUACAGUGGGCUCUCUCUGCUAUGUCCACAGAGCACGAGAGGGCGGACAGGUACAUCGAGGAGUUAACAAAGGAGAGGGACGCCCUGAGUCUGGAACUGUACAGGAACACCAUAACCAAUGAGGAGCUGAAGGAGAAAAAUGCCGAACUCCAAGAAACUUUGGUAGAAACUGAAAAGUCUGAGAUCCAGCUCCACAUCAAGGAGCUAAAAAGAAAACUGGAGACGGACAAAAGCCUGCUGCCACAGGUUCAAACCAACACUUUGCAGGAGAAGAUGUGGAGGCAGGAGGAGGAGCUACGGGAUCAGGAGAAGCUACGGAAGCACGAGGAGAAGAUGUGGAGACAGGAGCAGAGGCUGCGGGACCAGGAGAAGGAGCUGUGGGAGCAGGAGCAGCAGAUGCGGGAGCAGGAGCAGCAGAUGCGGGAGCAGGAGGAGCAGAUGCGGGAGCAGGAGGAGCAGGUGCGGAAGCAGGAGGAGCAGGUGCGGAAGCAGGAGGAGCAGGUGCGGAAGCAGGAGGAGCAGGUGCGGAAGCAGGAGGAGCAGGUGCGGAAGCAGGAGGAGCAGGUGCGGAAGCAGGAGGAGCAGGUGCGGAAGCAGGAGGAGCAGGUGCGGAAGCAGGAGGAGCAGGUGCGGAAGCAGGAGGAGCAGGUGCGGAAGCAGGAGGAGCAGAUGGGGGAGCAGGAGGGGCAGAUGGGGGAGCACGAGGGGCAGAUGGGGGAGCAGGAGGGGCAGAUGGGGGAGCAGGAGGAGCAGAUGCGGAAGCAGGAGGAGCAGAUGGGGGAGCAGGAGGAGCAGAUGCAGAAGCAGCAGGAGCAGAUGGGGGAGCAGGAGGAGCAGAUGAGGAAGCAGGAGGAGCAGAUGGGGGAGCAGGAGGAGCAGAUGGGGGAGCAGGAGGAGCAGACGCAGAAGCAGGUCGAGAGGCUGCGAUUCAAGGAGGAGAGGCUGUGGGAUGAGUAUGAGAAGAUGCAGGAGGAGGAGGAGAAGAUCCGGGGGCAGGUGGAGAAGAUGUGGGAGAAGAAGGAGAGGAUGGGAGAGCAGGAGGAGAAGAUGCAGGAGGAGCGGUGCUCAGAGCCCUGCCUCCCUCCCUCCAAAUAUCCUUGUGAUAUGAGCCACCCUGGCAGCCUGGAGCCUGCACGAGAGGCCGGGAAGGGUUAUUCCCAUGACCACCACACUGCACAGCAGAUCAUGCAGCUGCACCCUGGAAUGAAGAAUGACCAGGAGCGCCCAGGCUUAGGCAGCACCUCCUGCAUCCCAUUCUUCUACCGAGGAGACAAGAAAAAGAUCAAGAUCAUCAAUAUCUAAAAAGAACAGUCAACAAGGCCUACAGAAGUGUAAGCCGCCAUGUGACCUUGUGAAUAUAGUCUGAGAACAAACUUGAAAAAAAGAAAAUGUAUUUUAAAUUGUGGCAAAAUACUGGCCGGGCACGGUGGCCUGCACCUGUAAUCACACCACUUUGGGAGGCCUAGGCGGGUGGAUCACCAAUCCCAGCUACGUGGGAGGUUGAGGUUGCAGUGAGCCGAGAUCACACCACUGCACUCCAGUCUGGGUGACAGAGUGAGACUCCCAUUUCAAAAAAAAAAAAAAAAAAACUUCUACCU